CGAUGUACCCUUUCAAUACAUGGUUCUCUUCUUGGACCGACCAGCUACCAGCACAUAUAAAACUCAUCCUCAGUUGAAGACUACCUCUCUCUCUCUCUCUCUCUCAAGAUCAGUUCCCUCCAUGUUCCAACUCCCUCUCUCUCUCUCUCAUUGGAGAUCAGUUCCCUCCAUGUUCCAUCCACCAAUGAGAAACCCACAAUAUAAACUACUCAUUUACCCAUUUCCAUAGAGUAGGCAUAUUUUGCGUGAUACACAUAGCUUCAUCAACAGACACCGAAUCCACCAAAAACCACAGAUUUGCGAAAUGGGUUCUCCUCCCAACCACCUUGGGCUGUUUCUAUGGCUGUAUUAUCUGGCCAUUUCUGGCUCAAAAUUCGUGGCUUCACAGAGCAACACAGGAGCCCCUGCAGUUGUUCAAGGCACUGCCUACAUCAGUGGGACAAUAUCAGUUGGGACGACAGAUGUUGAUUUCAUCUGUGCUACUCUGGAUUGGUGGCCCCCACAGAAAUGUGACUAUGGGACUUGUAGCUGGAGCACUGCUUCCCUUCUCAAUUUGGAUCUUACAGAUAUAGUCCUGUUGAACGCAAUCAAAGCAUUUUCUCCCCUGAAAAUUAGAAUUGGUGGAACAUUGCAAGAUAAUGUCCGAUACCAAACUGUGGGUGACCAAACACCAUGUACCGGAUUUGUUCAAAAUAGUGCGGACCCGUUUGGCUUCACUCAAGGUUGCUUACCCAUGGCUCGAUGGGAUGCGCUAAACGUUUUCUUCAAAGAGGCCGGGGCAAGAAUUAUAUUUGGACUGAAUGCAUUGACUGGAAGAACAGUAGGUUCAGAUGGUACAGCUACAGGAGCCUGGAAUUCUGCCAAUGCCGAAUCUCUUAUCAAGUAUACUAUCAACAAGGGUUACACCAUCGAUGGCUGGGAAUUUGGAAAUGAGUUAAGUGGGAGUGGAAUCGUAGCAAGCGUUGCCGCGGACCAAUACGCGGCCGACACGAUCUCUCUCCAAAACUUGGUGCAGAAACACUACAGAGGAUUUACGCUGACGCCUAUCGUCCUCGGGCCGGGAGGCUUCUUCGAUGCAACUUGGUUCCCAGAAUACAUUCAAAAAUCACAAAACUCUCUCCAAGUGGUCACUCACCACAUUUACAACCUGGGUGCAGGCGUCGACGAUCACUUGGUUGACAAGAUCCUUGAUCCAAACUAUCUUGGUGGUGAAUCCCAGACCUUCAGCAGCCUUCAAACCAUUCUAAAGAACUCUGGAACUUCAACAGUGGCAUGGGUUGGUGAAGCCGGUGGAGCUUAUAACAGUGGCCAUAAUCAUGUCACUAAUACAUUUGUUUUCAGCUUUUGGUACUUGGAUCAGCUUGGAAUGGCAGCCUCUUUCGAUACGAAAACAUACUGUAGACAAUCGCUCAUUGGUGGAAACUAUGGCCUACUCAACACUACUACCUUUGUUCCGAAUCCCGAUUACUACAGUGCUCUUCUUUUUCACCGGCUCAUGGGAAGAAAAGUCCUGGCAACUACCUUCAACGGGACAAAUAAAGUCCGCGCUUACACUCACUGUGCCCAAAAAUCUAAAGGAAUCACAUUGCUCUUGAUAAACCUAGAUGGAAACAACACAGCACAAGUUGAGGUUUCCAUUUCAAAUGUGAUAGUGACACAACCCCUUAAUCGGAACUCAGCGCCCCUGUCUGCAAAGUCUGGUGUCAUAACAAGAGAAGAAUACCAUUUAACAGCCGCAAACGGAGAUUUCCAGAGCCAAACAGUGCUUCUAAAUGGGAAACCACUAACCGUGGAUUCCUCUGGAGGAAUUCCUCCCUUGCUACCCGUGAGGGUGGACCCUUCACAACCUGUAACUGUUGGUCCUUACUCUAUAGUGUUUGUUCACUUUCCCAGUAUUCGGGUUCCUGCUUGUAAGUAGGCAGCAAGGCCUGCUCAUAUACAACAAUUGUAAAUCCGGUUUCCUAUUCCUGAUUCAGAUUAUGCGCUAAAAUGAAGCGCUUAUUGAGAAAUGUAAACAUCGGAAGGCUAUACAUAAUACUCCCCUAAAAAGGUGAAAACUAUACAUCAGUCGUUUAUAGUAUCUAUCACCGGACGAAU